CGUCACGUCCGGCCCAGCCUCCGCCAGCCCGCAGCUCUCCUCCCGCUCGCCGUUAGGGAGGCUCUGCACCUCAGCCGUCGCCUCUGUCGCCACUCCGGCCCCCUCUUCCGCGUCUCCGCCACCACCACCGCCGGGGAUAUCCGGGGGUCGCUUACCGGGCUGGCCCCGCGCCACAGCCGUAGCUUUAACCUCCCGUCAGCGGCCGCCCCAGGAAGAGGCUUCCCGGCCGCGGAGCCACUUGGGGCCUCAGUUCUCGCCCUCUUGCGGUCCCCGCGGGUCCUGGAGAAGCGGCUGCGGCCAGGGAACGGGGCAUCGCGGUUCCAACGAUUAACUGCUGAAGUACUGAUCGAGUUCUGCAUUUCUUCAAUGAGGAACUACAGGCUGAUCUUCUGCCAUAAUCUCAAACAGCCAUAAAUGAUAAAAGAAUGCUUGCUCAGUGAGGGUAGCUGGUGCAGACGCCAUUUUUUAAACUUAGGUAUUUAAGUCCUGAAAGAAAAGACAGCUUUGAUUUCUGGCUGCAAAAAAGAUAUGAGGAAGAGCUCCUCCCCUUCCUUGAGUAACUGCAACUCCGUUCUUGCUAACAAAAUAUUUGGAAUUCCACUUGAUGAGCUGCAGCAGGGAGGACAUCCAGACAAUGAGGUUCCAUUCAUAGUCCGCCACGUUGUGGACUAUAUUGAGGAACAUGGAGGUCUGGAGCAACAAGGACUUUUUCAAGUCAAUGGAAAUGCUGAGACCGUGGAGUGGCUUCGGCAGAGAUACGACAGCGGAGAAGAGGUGGAUUUGGUUAAGGAAGCAGAUGUUCCCUCAGCUAUUAGCCUUCUUAGAUUUUUUCUUCAAGAACUUCCUGAACCUGUUAUCCCUGGCAGUUUACAUAUUCACUUGAUGCAGCUUUCUCAAGAUUAUAAUAAUGAAGAUGAAUUUGGAAGAAAGUUGAGGUUCCUCUUGCAACAGCUUCCACCUGUUAAUUAUAGUUUGUUAAAGUUUCUGUGUAGAUUUUUAGCCAAUGUAGCAUCACAUCAUGAAGAAAUUUGGUCUGCAAAUUCUUUGGCUGCUGUCUUUGGUCCAGAUGUCUUCCACAUUUACACAGAUGUGGAAGAUAUGAAAGAGCAAGAAAUAGUGAGCAGGAUAAUGUCUGGACUUCUGGAAAACUACUAUGAGUUUUUUGAGAAUGAAGAGGAAGAUUUUUCAUCUAAUGAUUUGAGUUCAAUUACUGAACAGACAGGUAGCAGCGUUCUCCACAAACUGGAGUCUGGAGAGCAGGCAUUUCACGAGGCCCUAGAGAAGGGAAUUAUAGCAGUCAAAGAAAGAAGACAUGUUAAUGAACUUUCUGAGGAAGAAGAGGAAGAUGAGAAGCUGGAACAUAUUGAAGAACUUCCAGAAGAGGGUGCAGAAAAAUCAAAUGACAUGCCAGAGAUGGUACAAUUAAGGAUGACUGAAAACAUCCUGGAAUCAAAUAGUGUUACGGCAUCAACAAGCACCCAUAUAUCUCCCAUCAGCAUCCUACCAGCGUCUACAGAUAUUUUAGAAAGAACAAUUAGAGCAGCUGUGGAACAGCACCUUUUUGAUCUGCAGAGCAGCAUAGAUCAUGAUCUUAAGAAUUUACAACAGCAAAGUGUGGUGUGUAAUAACGAAGCAGAAAGUAUUCAUUGUGAUGGGGAAGUAUCUAAUAACCAGGUUGGUAUUGCUGAUGGUAUUAUUAAUGCCAGUGAAAGUAACAGAGACUGUUCAGAACCUGUGGCUAGCACUAAUUUAGACAAUGAAGUUAUGCAGCAAGAUUGUGUAUUUGAGAAUGAAGAAAAUAACCAGUCUAUAGGUAUAUUGUUAGAGCCAUGCAGUGACCAUGGUGAUAGUGAAGAUGGCUGUCUUGAGAGGGAAGAAUGUUUGUUAUUUGACAGUGAUAAAUUGUCACACUUGAUUCUGGAUUCUAGUAGCAAGAUAUGUGAUUUGAAUGCCAACACUGAAUCAGAAGUACCAGGAGGUCAAAGUGUUGGUGUUCAAGGUGAAGCAGCAUGUGUUAAUAUUCCACAUUUAGAUCUGAAGAAUGUUUCUGAUGGUGAUAAAUGGGAAGCGUCAUGCCCUAUCACUUUUCCCCUCAUUGAUUUCAAAACAAUGCAUCUGCAGAGAGAUGGGGAGGAGCCAUUUCCUGCUUUUAAGUCUUGGCAGGAGGACUCUGAGUCUGGAGAAGCUCAGCUGUCCCCACAAGCUGGAAGAAUGAAUCAUCACCCCUUGGAAGAGGACUGUCCUCCAGUAUUAUCACACCGCAGUUUAGAUUUUGGGCAAAGCCAACGUUUCCUACAUGAUCCAGAAAAGUUGGAUUCCUCAUCUAAAGCACUGUCUUUUACUAGAAUUCGAAGAUCAUCCUUUAGUUCAAAAGAUGAAAAGAGAGAAGACAGAACACCUUAUCAGUUGGUCAAGAAACUUCAGAAGAAAAUCAGACAAUUUGAGGAACAGUUUGAAAGGGAAAGAAAUAGCAAGCCCUCCUACAGUGAUAUUGCUGCCAAUCCAAAGGUAUUAAAAUGGAUGACAGAGCUUACAAAACUGCGGAAGCAAAUUAAAGAUGCAAAACACAAAAAUUCUGAUGGAGAAUUUGUACCUCAGACACGUCCACGUAGUAACACUCUUCCAAAAAGCUUUGGCUCUUCUCUAGACCAUGAAGAUGAGGAGAAUGAAGAUGAACCCAAGGUCAUUCAGAAGGAGAAGAAACCAUCUAAAGAAGCAACCCUUGAACUUAUUCUUAAAAGACUGAAAGAAAAACGUAUUGAGAGGUGUCUUCCAGAAGAUAUCAAGAAAAUGACCAAGGAUCAUUUGGUAGAAGAGAAAGCUUCUCUUCAGAAAAGUCUUCUUUACUAUGAAAGUCAACAUGGAAGGCCGGUGACCAAGGAAGAAAGGCAUAUUGUUAAACCUCUCUAUGAUAGAUACAGGCUUGUAAAACAAAUGCUUACAAGAGCUAGCAUCACUCCUGUCCUUGGAUCUCCAUCCACAAAGAGAAGGGGUCAGAUGUUACAGCCAAUCAUAGAAGGAGAAACUGCACAUUUUUUUGAAGAAAUCAAGGAAGAAGAAGAAGAUGGUGUUAAUCUGUCCUCUGAGUUAAGUGAUAUCUUGAAAACUGCAGUACAGGUACAGUCUUCAUUAGAAAACUCUGAAUCUGAUGUUGAAGAAAAUCAAGAAAAACUGGCUCUGGAUCUCCGAUUGUCAAGUUCUCGAGCAGCUUCUAUGCCUGAAUUACUGGAACAACUUUGGAAAGCCAGAGCUGAAAAAAAGAAACUACGCAAAACGUUGCGGGAAUUUGAAGAAGCAUUUUAUCAACAAAAUGGAAGGAAUGCCCAGAAAGAGGAUCGUGUUCCAGUGCUUGAGGAGUACAGGGAGUACAAGAAAAUUAAAGCCAAGCUUAGGCUUCUUGAAGUUCUUAUAAGCAAGCAAGAUUCUUCAAAAUCCAUAUAAAAUACAUUCUUUGAAAAUUCAUAUCAUAAAGUCAGUUGUAUUCCUUGAAGCUGUCAUCAUGGGUACUUGGCUGGUACUUAAAUUCAUUUUGUCAGGCACUCAGAGAAUCUCAUUUUGUACUUGGUUGUGGUGCCAGUAAACAAAACAAAUGAUGGGAGAGUAAAUAGGCCCUCUCAAGGGAGUGUAAGUGAUGUUCCAUAUUAACCACAGACUGUCCUCUCCACCUUUAGCAAACAUGGUAUCCUUCAUUGUUUUGUACUACAAAUACAUCCUUUUAGCAAAAGACUAGAAUUUUAUUCUUUCAACUUCAAGAACUUUGGAAAUGCAACCUUUUUGUUAUUACCAACUUUUUGUUUCUCAUUACUGAAGAAAAUUGGAGGAAAAUCUUCACACUGAAUUCUUCUGUUGCCUUUUUCUUACUGAAUGACUGAAAAUUUGAAAGAAAAGCCUAUAAAAGUGCACAUAUGCAACUGUGUUCUCUGUUUUCCUAGAAAACCAAAAUCAAACUGAGAUUUCAAGUCCUACUGUGGAAUACCUUUCUGUUUAAUUCUCAAAAUGACACCUUCUCACAGGUAGUAUGUUAGUAAAAUUUUGCAAUUCAGUGGUCACACAGCUCCUGGAUGAAGAUAACAGUUGGUAGACCAAAAAGUGACCUUGCUUAGUAUAUUGAAAACACAUACCACACAUCACACACAGAACUGAAUCAUACCACAUGCUGCCUAUGGGACUUCAGUUACUGUUUCCUGAGUUACUGUUUAUCCGCUGGCAAUGGUGUGAUUUGUCUGGAUCAGAUCCACGCUGUUCCCCAACCCACCUCCAGAUAAUGUGAGAAAAUAGCCAUGUCAGUAUGUAGGAACUCUGAUGGUGCUCAGAUUUGUGUGUUCAAUCAAUGGGCCUAAAUCAGUAAUCAUUAUGCCUAAAGUAAAUCUGUUCUUAACAAGGGCUAUACCACUGCAUUUUCACAUGUACCUUCAGGGGGUUAUCUUUUUUUUUUCCCCUCCUGUUUUAAUGAGCAAAAUCCAUACCAAAACAGCAACAACAACGCCCUCUUAAGGAACCACCCUUUGGUCAGUCAUCACAUGCUGUUUAAAGCAGCUGUUUACAGGAUGUGUAGUGGUAUGCCCCUUGUCAUAAACUCUUAGCAUAUUUUUUUUUUCUUUGGCUUUGCAUGGCUUUUCUUAGGUACUCUCCUGGUAUCAAUACUGCUAAUCAUUGUUACCGAAUGGUGACUUCAUUGGUACUAACAGUACAACAGCAGAUUUGGGUCAGGCUUAAUCUAAGUGUUAACUUUUUUUUCCUGGUGCUUUUUUGGAUUGAUGACUGUCUCACUUUGACUAUAUCCAUGUUUUGCAUGCAAUUAACUUUUUUUUUCUGGUGUUUUUUUGGAUUGAUGACUGUCUCACUUUGACUAUACCCAUGUUUUGCAUGCAAUGACUCAUGCAUGGUUUUCUUAACUAGCUAAUAUUAACAAUUUGUUGCAUACAAAAAUGGAAUUUUGCAACAUCUUUUAAUAAGGUGAGGGAAGCAUGAACCUCAGACUUCUGGCACUAUUACAUAGUAAGCACAUGAAGUAGUUUGAUAAUAAAUAGCAGUUCUAGUACUUCACAUUUCACCUGUGUGUGCAAUGCCUUUUUUUUGGGGGGGGGGGAGGGUGAGGGAAAACCUAGUAGUGAAUGUGUAGUUGGGGAAUAAAGAAAAGCACUAAAUCCUGCCCUUUUUGUGUGGUUUCCUUUUGAUACAACUAGGUUAUUCAUAAUGUAUACCUAGAAAAGUGAAAUUGAAAAUGCCAAAAGAUGUAUCAUUUUUAUUUGAAUUCAUCAUGCAGUGUACAUUUCAGAUAAUUUCCUUCAGUCUCCAGAUAGGAGUGUAUCCAAACAUCUAAUUUUGUGUGCACUGUGUAUUUUAUAUGAAUGUUUUAUUUUAUAUACCACAUGCAAAAAUGUCCAUAUGCACUAUUUAAAUGUUUUAAAUAAUAUAUUCCUUCUUUAUAAUGCUAAAUCUAUAUGAGUACCAUAUUUUUAUAAGUCAGUGGCCUGACUGGUUUCAUUUUAGAAUUAACAGCUGCUUCAUGAUGUUAUUCAAUGUUAAUGUUUGGCUGUGAGUAGAAUAUGUAAAAGUGGCAUGGCAGCACUUAUGCUCUGUGACGGUAUUGUGUGUCAUAGUUGAGCAGUAGCUGGUAGAAUUAGGCAGUUGGUGAUAGUUUUACUUUGGUACAAAUAAAAACUGUAUAUCUAUAUACAAAUAAUAUAUAGAUAUAUAUAUGUCCACCAGUAUAAUUGCAUUGCUGUGUCUGGCACUUCAUUGUACAGACUUUUGUAAUAAAAGAACUCGAAAGUUCUAA